AUGGAUUUAGCAUUUAGCUCCUCCCUUGUCCCAAAUUCCACGGAAAUUGUCACCGUUUUGAUAAAUGCUGCACAAAACAUCACAGCUUUCGACAUCAACACCACCUCAGGUAAAAAAAUAUUGUCCAUGCUUUAUGGUAAAUUCAUAUUUUGUAUGCCAUUAUCUAGAGGUUCUACAUGGCGGAAAACAAGGUUAUUGUAGCGGUAACAGUAAAUAUGUACAGGCCUUAUUCACAAUAAUCACUUAACAGGUUGGCAAAUACUAAUGUCCCUUUCAUGUUCACUUUUUCUCUCUUUAUCUAUGCAGUUGUGACCUCAAGUGGAAUAAGCAGCAAGACCAGUAUCUUCACUGCUUCCUGUCUGGUGGUUUUGUCGCUGCUGCUGUCAAGCUAG